AUUGACAGCCCAGCAUCGCACAGGGCUUCCGGGUAGUGCCGGGUCAUCGACGAAACAACGGUAUUGUGUCAACUCCUUCAGCUCGCACCGAGUCAGGUCCACGUUCCCGCCACCUUCAAGCUUGCGUUUCCUGCCCUUGACAUCUGCCUGGACGUGAAGCGGGAGCUCCGAGACCGGGAAAGCAAGGCACGGUGGAGACAUAAGUCUUCGGUCCUCCGGGUCUCAGGCUCACUACUUUCUUCACUACUUUUCUUGUGGUGUUUUUUACUGCCUCGCCAUAGAAAUCCGGUUGUUCAAUGGGUUGAUGAUGGCUGUGCCGACGGCGAUUGUUACGGGUGCUCGGAUGCUGAAUGAGGUGGAAGAGGGUAGUCUCGAUGAGGUCCUCACAUCCCUACGAACAAACUUGAGCGUUCUGUCCGCCUUCCCUGCGCCAUCCACCAAAGAGAGUCCACAGAGGUUCAAGUCGCACGGGGAUCCCGAUCUCGAUGCUUUGCUCGAUCGGAAUCUACGCGCAACACAGUCUGCUACCCUACAACUGACCGGCCGGUACCUGCCUCUCGUCUACAACCUCGUGUCGAAGCUAAUCGCCGCACCGCGCAACAAAGCCAUCGUCAUCAUUGACACGGAGAAUCGCUUUGACCCGACAUGCUUGACAGCCCAAUAUUCCUCGCGUCUCGACGACCUCCACCACGUCCACGUCUACCGCACGCCUCGCUGCGGAUCGGACCACCUCCAGGCGCUUGUCGCGAGUGUCGAGGCCCAGAUGCUGUACAGCCGACACGAGAGCCGCGGACGCGAGUGGUGGGGGACCAUCGUCAUCGGUUCCCUGUCGGCUUCUCCAUCUGCUUCCGCUACUGCAUCGGGACCAGCCAUGACGUCAACACGAGGCAGCACUGCCCAUGUCACUGCCAGCUGGAAGGGGUGGCUGAGAGUCGACAGAGAGGAUGUUGAGCGCUUCCAUCCUGCUGCGAGCGCUCGUGAGGCCCUCGCCGACCGAGAAAGAAGGCAGGUAGCUGUCGACUCGGCUGGUUGGGCUGCCUCCUGUCAGUGGGGUGGCUUCACUUUCAGGCCCGAGGAAGAGCGUAGACAAUGAUAUUCCGGCACGAGUUCCUGCCUAUGUCAGGGUAUACGCCAUGCCGUGAUAUGACUACACCAGUGCUGCAGCCCCGGUUACCUCAAGUCAUAUAUAUAUAUAUAUAUUAUUAUUAUUAUUAAUCUUACUCC